UUGGGCUGCCAGGCUCUGUAAAAGGUUAUUAUAAUAAAUGCCCAAUCAUUAACUAGUUAUUGGUUACCUUGUAAUUAGAAAUUGUUAUCACUCAUUUCUCAAUAUUGUUUUUCACACAGUUAAAUAAUUGUACAGGUUCAGAAACGAAGAAAUUCUCUCACUUUUUCAACUCAAGAAUUGAUACAUGCUGAUGAAAGGUGCAGUGAUGUAAGGAAUGAAAUUCAGAUGAUGAGUAAUGUAGUGAUAUUUAAACUGUUGGUUGAUAUACGUGACCAUAUUGGAUGUCUUUACAAACUAUGUGAGAAUAUAGCAUACCUGGACAUGUUGGUGUCUUUUGCAAGAGCUAGUGCACUACCAAAUUUUGUUAUGCCUAAAUUCGGUGACACAUUAGAUGUAAAAGGGUCACAUCAUCCUAUACUAGAAUUUAUCAACCCUUCUGAACCUGUAGCAAAUGACAUUUUUUCUUCUGUCCAUUCAAAUGUUCACAUUAUUACUGGUCCUAACAUGAGUGGAAAGAGUAUAUAUAUUAGGCAGGUUGUUCUUCUGCAAAUUAUGGCACAGAUUGGUUGUUAUGUACCUGCAGUAGAUGCCACAUUUCGAAUUUCUGACCGUAUUUUCACAAGAAUUGGUUUUGAUGACAGCAUUGAAUGCAAUGCUUCAACUUUUGUUCUUGAGAUACGUGAAGUGCAAUACAUACUACAGACUAUGACUCCCUCAUCACUCAUUAUUAUGGAUGAAUUGUGUCGGGGCACAUCUAGUGAAGAAGGAACAGCUGUUGCAUGGACACUAUGUGAAAGCCUAUUACAGAGUGAUGCUUUUAUUUUCCUUACUACUCAUUUUAUGCUGCUCACGAAUUUGGAAAGCAUUUACACAAAUGUCAAGAACUACCACUUUGAAAUAUUGGAGCAAGAGGAUAAUCCUAAUCAAUUUUUUUAUUCUCAUCGUCUUUUGCCUGGUCCUUCUCAAUCAAAUAAUUAUGGAAUACACUUGGCAGAAAUAUUAGGAAUGCCAGAGUCUAUUGCAAAGCAGGCAAGAGAACUGUCAGGAAAUAUUUUCAGUCAAGAACAGCCAACUAUAGAAACUAAUGGUAACAUCAAUGAUGACAGAUUGUAUUUGGAACUUCAUUGUGAAUUAUUGAAAAUUUUGAAGCAAGGACCACUUAGCAAGAAAGCAUGUUUGGAUUUAAAAUACAGAUUAUUUCCUUCUGUGACAACAUCUGAUGAAUUAAUAGAAAUUGGUGAAAUAAUACCCUGCUCAUCAAAUAGAGAAGAUCUUCCUAUUACGCCUGCUACUUCACAAAAAAAUAUUCCAAUAGAUGAUAUGACUGCACAAGACAUAUUACCCUCAUUACUUUGUAACACAUUAAGGAAAGAAAAUGUUGAAGUGACAAAAGGAGAAUCUUGUAAGAAUUUUGUUGACAAUGAAUAUAAUUUUUCACAUGUAAGUUUUCAGUGUGGAAAUAUGGAAAGGGAUGCUGGAGGCACCCUAAGAAACAUUGGAGAGAACAUUGAAGAAUUGAAUGCAGAUAAUGAUUACAAUUUUUCAAAAGGUUUUCAAUAUGAUAAUACAGAGGGUACUGAAAACUCUUUCCGAGAAGAAAAUAUUGAAGAGAUGAAUGAAGGAUCAAAUAGUGACAAUGAGUAUAAUUUUACAAAUGCAGGUUUUGAAUUUGAUAAUGUGAAAGAUUUGGAGGCACACAUUGAAAGUAAUGAUUUUUUCCAGUUCCCUUUAGAAGACAGAAGUGAUAGUAACGAGAGAACUAUCCUUGAUGUUCUGAAUGAUUUGACAGAAGAAAAUUAGGGUAAAAUUCAUAUUAUUUUCUCCUUCACAUUAAUUAUUAUAAAUAUUUUUUUUAAAUACUAUAAUUGUGAAUUCCUACAAAAUAUUUUUAUUUUACGAUUGGAUACGUUGUUUGAAUAGUUUCAAAACUUCCUUUAGUUAAGAUUGUUAUAUUUCAACAAAGAUUUUUCUGUGGGUUUAUUAAAUGGCAAUGUAUUUCUCAGAAAAGAUUAUGAGACUUUUUUUUUU